AUGCCAUCGUUCUUUCCUCUCCUCCUUCUCAUCGUCGCUUUCGCUCCGGCAUAUUCGCUGCCCACAGUGUCCCCGCAAUGGAAUCUGUUUGAACCUAAGGUCCCUGAACUCGUCAUCACUCCGGAUUACAACAUCCCCCAAGUGGAGGAUGCUCCCGAAAUCCCCUACGACGAACGGGAUUCGCCGACUCAUGCGUAUGGCGUCGACGUGGCAUUCCACACAUUUUUGAGCGACAUGGACUGUUUGAGAGAUCAGGGGUACAAGACAGUCUUCGUGCGAGCAUUCAAUCCAAUUGGCAAUGGAUACUUUGAUCGAGAAGCUCUGAACACUAUUAACAAUGCGUAUGAUGGUAAGUUACACCCAAAUCAAAAGGAUAGUUUGCCCGAUUAUUUGUUUUCAGCUGGAAUCGGAUCCGAAGUGUACAUUACUCCAAACAUCAACUCGAGUAGAUCGGGCGCCGAUCAGGUCAGUCUGGUGUAUCAGAAUUUGUACAACAACGGAGUGAACGUGAAGUCCAUCUGGAUUCAAGUGACAUCUCCGUCGAAUUGGAAAGGAACGUUGGUUGAACGCAUUGAGUUCAUCCAAGAAAUGGUACAACGAGUUCAAGUAAGCAAUCUGGCACAACACUUAUUCAAUUCAAUAAGACUCAACUUUUUUUUCAGGAUCUUGGCCUAACCGCAGGCAUUUACACCUCCUUCUACGACUGGCUGGAGAUCACGGGCGGAUGGAACACUCUGAGCUCUGAUGUUCUUCUCUGGUACUGGCAUGUUCUCGGAGUGGGAGCUCGGGGGGAAACGGAACCGAUUUUGGACGACUUCCGACCGUUCGGUCCGUGGCGGAGUGCGGCCGUUAAGCAAUUCGCACAGGUUGAGAAAGUGUGCGGAAUGAUUGUGAAUCGGAAUGUGUACGCGACGAGGAAUUCAGGAGCUCCGUCAGUUCGACUGGCAUCUGGAGCCGGGGAGAAGGCGAGGAUUCGAGUUGGAUCGGUUGGGUUCUGAUGGAAAAGCAUAAUUUGAUGAUACUUUGCAAUAAAAUGCAUCUUACUUGCAUUGUCCGAUCUCGUAACGUCUCCUGGUCAAUAUUAUCUUUCAACUAUCUGUGUCAGGUGUUCUGAUCUUGCGCACGGCAGGCUAAUCGCGCGUUCGGUCUGGCAUUGUCGAUUCCAGGACAUUACGGAAAGGCAUGAUGCUCAAGGGAGCAUUCAAACUUAGCAGCGGAGAACGUGCUCUGUGGUCGUCAACACGUGUCUAAUCACUUGCGGACAUCUCUCUCUCUCUUCUUCUUCUUCUUCUUACUUCUCUCAUUCAACAACGACGCUCAUCAAUUCUCAGUUCUUGCGGUACAACAGUGUUUGCCCUGCUCGCCAUCCCCCUCUCUCUCUCCCCCUCUCUGAAUCUCUACUCUCUCGCUCAUCUGGCUCAUCACCACUGACAUUUCCCCGUCUUUUCUCCUUUUCUCCUCCUCAUUUCUCUUUCAUUCAUCUGUAAUGGAUAUCGGAAAUGUUUCCAUUUUCCACUUCUAUGCUCCCGUCUCCCCGCGCGUCGGCAGUCCCGACGACAACUUUAUUAUCUCUUCGCUUCACGACGCGAGCUUCGUGACUUUUCCGAACAACUCUUCAGUUGACUUCAGACAUUCGACUCCAGAAUCCCUUUUGUAUGAACAUUCUCGUGUUCAUUUCCACUUUUCUGUUCUCUGAAGUUCUCGCGAAAGGCGGUUCUGCAGGUGGAAGAGGUGGAGGAUUCAGUGGAUUCGGAAGAGGCGGCGGCGGAGCCAGAGCGGGAGUCGGAAGGGGCGGAGGAAGAGCAUCGAUCCACGGGAGCAGUCACUAUUAUGGAGGUGUCAGGAGUGGAGCGAUGGGAUGGAAGACGUGAGUUUUCGGGUUCUGUAGUGGCACUUAUCCAAGACGAAGGCUCUCAGCUACCGGCAGAGAGAUCCAAACGUUUUCAACUGCUGAAGUGUGCACAAUGUGUUUUUGAACAAUUUAUCGGUUGAGAAUACUUUUUGAUAACUCUACAUACAUCUUGAAUAAGCGUUACAGGUCAUUUUCAAGCUCCAUAUAAAUAGGUUCAGUUAGUUCAAGGAGUUCAAUUAUAACUGAUUUCAGAGGCAGCAGUUCCCCGUCUGAAAGCUACGGCUCCAACUCUUUCCGAUCCACUCUGUUCUCACGGGAACCCCAUAUUUCCCGUCCGAUCUUCUCCUCAAGCGCAACCCAUCCGUUCAUGAUCCUCUCAAUCGCCAGGCCUAUCCAGUAAGUAAGCCCCGGUCCAUUUGCAAAAAGUCGCACAACUUCAUUUCAGAUAUGACAAUCGCUACUAUUACUGGAGCAGUGCGUAUGCUCAAGAGAACCUCUCGCCGUUGGAGUUUCCCAUUUUGUGCGAGUACAAAUUCGGAGACGACGACGGACAAUUACUAAAUGUAAAUGAAAAGGAGCAUUUGAAUAUUCUAAAACGUCUUUUCUUUGCAGGUCACAUUCCAAAACGGAACAUCUGCUCAAUCGAUCUACUUUGGAUGUUCUGGGGAAAUGAUAGAGUGCUGUGGGAUGUACUGCUGUCACGCCAUCCGAGAUUACAUCAAAUUGUACGCAUAAAACGGCGUCAAGACCUGCCCAACUAUUGUACUCUUUUCCAGAAUCGUCCUCUUCAUCAUCCUUCUGAUGCUCAUUCCAUUCUGCUACUGUUGCUCCAAAAAGGACGAGAGUUGUGUCAGGAACGUCGACGAAAGCAGCAACGGCAGAAACGUUCGCGACAUUCCGCUCGUCAAACUCUCCGGCGAAAGGGAAAAACUGCAAACGAUCAGUUGA